UGUUCACCUUUUUCGUAGUUUUUGUCAUUAUUCGUUCACUACGCUCACUAUGCCAAAACGCAUCACAUCAAGAAAUAUUCAGACGCUUGUGUACAAAUAUUCCCUUGCAUGCAAUUUUAGCCUAUUUCGGAUGAACUUUCAAAAAAUAUUCCGUCUCACCGAAACCCAAAUGCGCAUUAGAAUGAAAUGGAUAGAUACGAAUGUGUUAAGAGGAAAGAGUAUUCUUAAAAUUCAAGCGAGAGAAAUGAUUGUCGAAAGAGUAGUAUUUGUAAAAAUACGUACUUCCGACUACGAAUACUCGAAUCACUUGACGCCUAUCUGAGGAUCUACAGAACUGCAACUCGUCCAUUUCGAUCCUGAUCGUGGAAGAGGCAGCAGUGUGAAGUUCUUUUUUAGUAUCGCGGUGUGUUUUAAAAGGCAUAGCUAGUGCGGUCAGAGAAUUGUGCGGUCAGAAAUACAAAUUUGAAUUCGCUACAUUUCGUGCGAACUUGUGUGUGAAAAGAAGCCGAUCGACGGCUUCUUUUCUUUUAUUACAAAAGUUUGGAGAUUUUCCGCCGUCCGCGUUCUAGCGACGCAUACGCUCGGCACACCGCCCGUCUCGUUUGCCACCCUGCUGACCCCACGUUCCGGCUUCGAAAGUUCCCGACGCUUUUGGUAAAAGGUCGGAAGGAAGCAGCAAAACCAUCAACGCGCUUCGUUAGAGCGACGGCCAUCUUCACCAUUGAAAAGUCGGCCGAAUUCAACACCCGGUAGGCAAAGGCCUAGAUAGCGUCAUCAUUGCGACGCCAUUGUAGACGCCGUUCGUCGCCAUCGCUGAAUAGGUUUGCGAUAGGAAGUCGGUGCCGAAGCCGCAAUACCAGUCGGCACCCAGCUGAGAUGCAGCUCUACUAGAUCGACGCUGUUCCUGAAAUAACGCAUGUAAGUUAAAAAUAGAUCAUUGAUCCGUGCACGUAGAUCCAUAUACACACAACACUCAAACCUCCGAAAGCUUUCUUUGCCGCUCGAAAGCUAAAGCCGAGCGCGCAUUUGUACUGCUCAGCGCAGCUUUAUCCGCUAGCAGGAAAUUUUGACCGCACAUAGGUAGACAGGAAAGGGGAAAGCUAGAAAGGGAAGGAACACGAAAAAUGUAAAGCUAAAUGAAUAUAUAAAACCUAGGUUAAGAAUAAAAUGCCGUAUUUUAAUCCGUCCAAUAAAAUGUUUUCCUGUUAGUUAGUGUUACCUGAAAUGUUUGUAUUUUUUAUGUUGAUUAGCUUUCCCGUGUAGUGAAUUUGGUUCGAGAAGAUUUCUCACGUUCCGCGUCGCUUCCGUAGAUUUGAAUUUUCUUUGUGUUUGUUUUACUCCGAUGGGCUAUCGGGAAUUAGUCCCCACUACUACUUACGAAGCGAGAGGGAAAGAGUGUUCGACUGAGUUCUGCCUGUGAUGAUAACUGAUCGUUUUUUUAGUGCAUGAGCUUUCGAGUUGGUAUAACGAUCAUUUCUCUUGCGUCUUUGCUAAACAUAGUAGUGGCUCCAUCUAUACGCGAAACGGAGUGCAUCUUUUCACAUUUUGUGUUUACCUACCGUUCCUUUGCGCCAUUUCGGGAUCAAUUUCUAUAACCUGCCCUGAGGUUAGGUUUCAUGCUGGGCAAUUCUAACCUGACGAGUGGUCCUCUUCGGGGGUGGCGCUAAAGCUACUCGUUUAAAACGUCCUGAGGAGCGUUUUGGUAGACGGAAACCGUAAACGGCCAUUUGGCCCGCUACAUUUUGGCGCCCAACGUAAAUUUUGGGGUAAUUUUUUUUCCUGUUGCGCGUAUCACAUUUUGGCAUCCAACUUUAAAAAAGGCUAAAAUUUUGCGGACUCAGGUAAUGCAAUUUGCAUCUUGAGUUAAUCUAGUAUUGGAUUUUUUUUUUAGUUGUGUUUUGGGAACGGCAUUUUCUCAAAAAAAUACAUAACGAUUUCGGGUAAUUUUUUUUCGGAUUUGUUGAAAUCAAAAGCAAAAUUGGGCAUUUUUAUAACGUUUAUUCUUCUGUUUUUUUAUAUUUGUACAUACGUCUUGAAUAUUGUUGGUCUAUAAAAAUUCAUUUUCUCUAGUUUCUGUACAUAUAUUCUUCCAUUCUAUGUUAAGCUUAGAUUUAUGGGUACACAGUUAAUUUUUUAAACUUAAUAUAAACAAGGCAUUGAACUAAGUGAGUGAACCUAAUCUGAAUUGCAAAUUGGUUGAAUUUAACUUUUGAAUUUGGCAAAGAACAAUGAAAUUUCCAAAUCCAAACCAUUUACUAAAUGUCGAAGUGGACUAUGAGCUACUUCUGCGAAAUCGUACGACAGACAGACAGAAGACAAGACAGUCGAAAUUAAGACUUUUACGUCGACUAUUUUUGCAAGAUCAGAAGGAAAGCAAAACGUAUAUGCCUCCUUACAGAUUUGAAUAUGAAAUAGAUGAUAUCCUUGAUCAAGUUUAUCUAAUUGAGAUAGAAUUGCUGGCAGGAGCGAAUGCGGAAUUGAUAUCGCGGUUAAGGCAUUAUUAUCUUAGAACCCUUAGGGGAGAACCAAGAUAUUUUGAAACUGAGAAAUCGCGUAGGGAACUUUUGACGAGAAUCUGCAAAAUUCUUAGAAAAGCUUCCUAUGAACUGCAAACUACGUCAGAGGAGGAAUCCCAGUCUUCAGCCGACGAAGAGGUAGACAAUGCUCAAUUAACUAGAUUAUCUGGCUACGUCGAUAAAGUAGAGGCAGUGGAACCUUCAUAUGAAGAUUUGCUGCAGAGGAUUAUAGAACUCGAAGCUUUGAUAAACCAGGUACAAAUUAAUAGUAUUGAGGUCGAGCUAGAAACUAAUUGUAGUGUCGAGCUAGAAGGUAGUCGUGAAGUCGAGCUAGAAGUUCGGCCUGACAUCCCAGUCAUUACGGAAAACUCGCCAUGUAAUCUUCCUAAUGCACACAAAGUAGAUGAACAAACCCAGAGUCUCUGUGACAAUUAUGAUACCAUGAAUUCUGGUAUGGAAACAUUAGAAGAUAGUAAUCAAGUUGAAAGCCAACUAGAACAUAUCAGAUGCGAGCAACCCAACCGCGACACUGCAGAAGGCAUGUCAAUUCUGAAUGAAAUCGGACAUGGCAUUAAUAAUUUCGAUCAAAAGCUUUUGAAAAAUAACAGCGAGUCAAUAAACUUGCCCAGAGGAUUGUCUAAUAACGCAAUAGAGUUACUCAAAGUCAAAAAGCUGAACGAUUCCCUUAAGGUCAAAAAUGAUUUUGGAAAAAAUGAUGAAUAUUAUGAGGAAAUGCAAAAGUUGCACCUUAACUACAAUUGGGACAAUUAUUUCCGAAAUCUAACACGGUUGGUGUACCGUCCGCUUGAUAGAGGAAAACCAAUAAAUAUAAACCUUUCCCGUAAAUUAAGAUCUCGCCGUAGUCAGGAAAUUAUAUAUACAAAACACUGCUACGAGCUUGAAGAUUCUACUGGGAAGCGACUUGGUGUCUUCUACGGGAACCACCUGAAGAAGAUCCACUUGCCCAAGAAGUAGAAGAUUCUCAGCUAUGAAACUCUUCGGAGUGACAAAAUGAACUUCUUUCAUAAUAAAACACCUUCGGGUCAAUACUGAAACAUUGUUAUGAAGUAACAACACCCCAAUUCUCAGCUAUGAAACUCUUCGGAGUGACAAAAUGAACUCGUUUCAUAAUAAAACACCUUCGGGUCAAUACUGAAACAUUGUUAUGAAGUAACAACACCCGAUUCUCAGCUAUGAAACUCUUCGGAGUGACAAAAUGAAUCCGUUUCAUAACAAUAUACCUCAGGGUCAAUACUGAAACUGUGUUGUACAAUAACAACAUCCAACGAUUUCCAGCUAUGUAGCUCUACGGAGUAACCACAUAACACUUUUAUAGAAAAUACCUUCGGGUCAGUAUUGAAAUCGUGUUGUAAAAUAAGACCCACUUCUUCCAGCUAUGAAGCUCUACGGAGUAACUACAUGCAUGUCAUAAUAAAACACCU